CUACUACGAAAAAGAAAACGUAGCGACCAUGAUGUCCUGCCCCCUUCCUAUGCAAUUACCGAUACCGAUUCCUUCACUACACAAAACAGAAUUUGCAUCGGUUCAUAUUGGAGUUAAGAGCCAUAAUUACAAGAUCCGCCACAACAACAACAACAGCAAACAACAACAAUAAACAGCAUAACAAUCUCCAAUAACAGAUAAACGAAUAAAUACAAAAAAAUCGCCAAGCAAAUCAAAAUAAAUAUAAAAAAAACCGCAACAAAAACUCGAAAACUGAAAAAAAAUUAAACAAACCUUCACUUCAUCUCCUACUUGAACGACUCUCUGACUCGACACUCGAUUGAAACAAAAAAAGUAACACCAGAGCUCAUAUCCAAUCCCUACACAUCCUGUGCUAAGAGUCCUGUCCCAAAAGCCUCAAGAAAUUACCAAAAAAAAAAAAAAAAACAAACACAACAACAAAUCAUCAAAAAAACUAAUCGAAACGGGCCAAGAAAAUUAAUUAAACAAACAAACAACAACAAAAAAAGUGCACAAAAAACCUUCAACAAAGAAAAAACCAAAAACUGAAUCAGCUGAGAUAUUUUUUAAUCAAGAUUUGUUGCCAAUAAAAUCUGUCAUCAUUGCCGCGUUAACAGAAACCACGGCGUCAGCAGCGAUUGCAGCGCUAAGUAUCAGCAGCAGCUCUCAAGCAUCGCUAGCCGUUAACGCCUCCACGACCACGCCCCUAGCGAACGCACCGCCGGUGGCACCUCCAUCAGCGACUGCGUCAGCGUCUCCAGCAGCAGCAGCAGCGGCAGUUGGAGUCCCUGCCACCACACCAGCAGCAGCAGCAGCAGUGUCGCCGCUAACGGUAAAGAGCGAAAUCGCCACAUCCGAUUCAGCAGCCGAGUCCGAGUCCUCCCCUAUACAAGAUUUAAUCAUGCAAAUGCAAUUGUUGCACGCACCGCCGUCCACGCAUCCGCAUCCACAUCCGCAUCUGCAGCAUCCGGCGGCAGCCGCGACUGCAGCAGCCACCUAUCAGGCCUACCCCACGCCGGCCAUGCAGACCAGCAUCGUUGCCGUCCACCAGCAGCACCAACAGCAGCAGCAGCAGCAGCAGCAGCACCACCAACAACAGCAGCAGGCGGCCGUCUUUCAUCAGCAGGUGGCGGUGGCCCAGGCCCAAGCCCAGGCCCAGGCCCAGGCCCAGGCGCAGCAUCAACAGCAGCUCCAGCAGCAGUACCACUACCAGGCACAGGCCCAGGCCCAGGCCCAGGCACAGGCCAUGCUGCAGACGUACAUGCAGCUGCAGGUGAACAACGUGAGUGUGGCCGCUGCACCGGCCACGCCCACCAAGUACCAGGCCGGGACCCAGGCUGUGGGGGCGGCAGCGGCAGCGCCACAGUUCUUUGCGGCGCCGAGCACGCCGCUCACGAUCAUACCGGCUGGGGCGGCGGCAGUGGCCGCCUCGGCGAUGUUUGCCACGGCCGCCACGCCCACGUCCGCAGCAACGACACCGACCAACAAUGUAAAUAAUACAGUUAAUCUAUCAGCCGUAACUAGAACUACUACCACUACUACUAAGCAGCCGCCUGCGGCUGCGGCUGCUGGCAUCUGGGGCGCCGGCCUUGGCCUUGGCCUUGGCCCCGGCCAUGGCGGCGGUGGUGCGCCCGUGCCCCUGCCCCUGCUCUCGCUGCUGGGGCCGGGACCACUGCAGCCAUCGUCGCCGCCGCCGUCGCCAUCGGCGGGCGGGGCCGGGGGCCGUGCCGCCACGGGAUGCAGCAGCGCCAGCAGCGGCUGCAGUUCUGCAUCUUCUGAUUGUUCUAUGCCAUCGCCAACUUCACUACACUUAUCUUCUCCUAAAAAGGUUUGUGUGUUCACUAAAAAAAAAACCAAAACUAAGAAAAGAAAAUGAUCUCUCUCUCCCUCUCUUUGGGAGUCUUUUUUUUCCCGCCAGUCAUUUUCGUAUCAAAGAAAAAGUAGCAUUACUCUCUGUCUCUCUCUCUCUUUCCCUCUGUAUCUAUAUCUAUUUCUUACUAUAUCUUGUAUCUUUCUCUCUAAAAACUGAAGCUUUUGCCUGCCAUCCAUAUUUGUUGUAAAUUCUGUAGAUACAUUUCUAGUAGAACAACUCUUCCAUCAUUCCAUCCGUAGAUAAAUUGCUGUUGUUGUUGUUGUUGUAAUUUGUUGUACAUUUCUCUCUCCCCUGCCACCACCCCCGUCCCCUUUUUGUUAAUUACUGAUAUCCGAGACGUAUCUUUAAGUACGGAUACCUUUAAGCUAGUGUCUAAGAUAUACGCCACUUACCAGUAGAUUUUAUAAUUAUAUAUAUUUAUUCACCACAUAAUAAAUGCCACACCCAUCCCAUCCCAGACACUUCCUCGAAGGAGGAGUCGAUUAAACGCCAAUUAAAUGAAAUUAUAUAUGAAUAUUCGAAUACCGUGGAUCCUUCUUCAGGCUGGAUUCCUUCUUUCUGGCCCCACGCGCCACGUCCUUCGGGUUCAAUGGCUCGUAAUAAAAUAUUGUGCAACCUCGUGGCAUACCAAUGAGCCUCUGCCUUUGCCUUUGCUUGUGCCUCCCUUUUUUUGUAUCGGGCCUGUAGGUAUUCUGAGGGAUUUUAAGGGUCUAAAAGCUGGACUUUGUUGCACCAAAAACGUACUGCGGGGUUUAUUAUGCCGCAUUUUAUCAGUCAUAACUAUCGCGCGUUCCAGGGGGCGAGCAUUAACCGCAAUUGUUUGGCUAGCACUUACGCUUUGUCCUGCCCGAGGACUCCUCCUAUGCCUCCCACUCCUGCUGCUCCUCCUGCUGGCCACAUGUGUCGGACCAUAUUGAUUAGUUGGCGUUGAAAAUGUCACUGCAAUUUGUUGGCCGUCGACCAGAGACCAAAGAGAGAGACAGAGAGGAGAGGGAAAACUGCAGGCGCCAGAAGGCGAGCAAAAAGUGUGGCAGCUCCUGCGUUGUUUUUUUUUCUUUCUGUUUCUGGCCAGGACUCGGACUCGGAGUCGUAGUUGGACUAGUUUUUAGUUGUAUUUCCCCAGUUGUGUGGUCGCGGCGGCGGCAGGCGGCGGUGGCCUCUGUGUCCUCCACGUGUGAUGUAUUGUGCCCCCACGUAUAUCCUGUGUUUUAUGUGUCCUGCGCCUGUGUGUGUGUGUGUGUGUGUGUGGGUUUCUGCUUUGUUUGUGGAACGCAAUCGGACAGGCGGCCAGUCUGCCACAUUUAGUAUCGAUUUAUCCGCUGCCCCAGACAGCUGCAAGAGUGUUAGACGCUGCAAUUACCCCCCGUAUUAAUGUUUAAACUGUACUUAAAUGACUCUAUUAUGGCCCUGCCACCCUCCCCGCCAUUCAAGUUAAAUUAUCUGUAAUUGAUUUUGUUUAACAUACGCCCCGCCGCGCCUCCAUUUGGCACCCCCCGCCCCCACCCACAGCCCUGGACGGCCAUGGAGUGCACAUCCAUUAGCCCCGAUUUGCCCCAGUAAUAUGUUGAAUUUUGCAUUAGUUUUGUGGAAUAUUUCUGCCAUCCAUUAAAUGCAUUCGGACAUGGAAAUAUUCCCACAUUUCUGUGUGUAAUUAUAAUUGUUAUUGAGGUAUUUCCUUGUUUGCUUCAAACAAAAUACCACACACACAAAUUGCAAUUGCAAUUGUAAUGCGCUGUGAAAAAUCAUAUUAAAAUUUAUUAAUAAAACAGGAGCAGGGGGGAACCAUGUGUAUUUUUUGUCAACAGGCAACUGCCUAAGCAAAUACCGAAUGAAAUAGAGCCUCCCACACUCCGGUGGAUCCUUGGUGGGGAGGGGAUGUGGGUGGUGUUGGGGGGGGGGAUACAAACAACCGCCAAAGGUGCUAAUAAAGCCCCCCGCAAAACCGCAGAUAAAUAAGGAUAUUGACAGAGCCACAGAGUGAGACAUAAAAGAUUCUACGCUGAGCUCCGAGGGUAAAUAGAAAAUGUUUUCAAAUUAGGAAAAUCUGCGUCGAGGAAAAAGCAAUUCAAAUAAACAUAUUAGCGGUGGAGUGGUGGGGCAUUGGGGGGUGGGGCGUCCGCCUUUGAAGUGUCUUCUGCGUGGGGCAUAGAGUGGGAGUUCUAAUAAGCCGGGAUUCUCUGCUCUCAAAUAAAUAAAGUUUUUAAAUUUGAAAAAAUUCAUCAAACUUUCAAGCCAGCGUCCAAGUCGAACAAACAAGCGCCACUCGAAACCGAGGGGGUCAGGGGUCAACAAAAUAAUAAUAUAAAAAAUAUUACAUUAAUCCGUAAUCGAAAAACUUGAACACGGAUACGGGCCGGACAUGGGGAGCAAACACGGCGGAAAAGUUUUGCCCCUUCGCGCCCUGGAAAUUUUUUUUGUAUAUUAAGCGAUUUACAAAAAAAAAAAAAGAAAGUGUUUUCCUUGUACAGAAUUUUCAAUUAUUUUCGGGGUCCGGCAAUAAAACAAUUUGAAAUUUAAAUGCAGGCCGGAGACCUGCCAGGAGGAAAAAGUGUGUCAAGAAAUGAGACAAGCAAUAUGUUGCCCCCCUCCCCCCCAAAAAAAAAGAACAAGAGCAGGGGUGUAGAGGGGGGCAGCGGGGUAGAGCUGCCAUCAAACUGAGAUGAGAAAAUAAAAUUCAAUAAACUCUUGUUAAGCACGGAGCAGAAGCGACAGCAGGGACAGCAGGGUAGGUGGUGGUUGGGGGCAGCAGGACACAGCAAGGACAACGUUUUAAAUAUUGACAGCUCCCAAAAGGAGCCGUCCUGCCACUCGAUGACGAGGCUGUCGAGUAAAUAGAUAAAUCAACCCUAGAGACAUGUACACCGAGCACACAUUUUUGCAUUGAUCAAAUGCUGCUUUUGGGGAAACCGAAUGGGGACAAAGCAUUGUGAUGGUCGUAGUCUUACCCUGCUUCAGAGAAAUAUGCCUCAUUCGCAGACCUUCUCUCUGAAGAAUAAAUCUCGCAGCCAUCCAGGCAGUCGAUGGUCCUGCAAGUGUAUCCAAUGCUUCGCCUUUUACCGGCUCGAUGGGUCCUUGUCUUGUGGAUUAUGAAUUUGCUUCAUUCUUUUCGAAUCGAUUUCCAUAGCAUACUUUUUGGGGCCUCCGAAGUCUGUCCCUCGGCUGGUCUUGGGCUCUCACAAUUGCGCUAAUCAGACAGGACUUGGAUCUUCGAUUCGGUACGGAGGAGUUUCCUUGGCUUGGGUUUCGAUAAGGAUGUGGGGAAUCCCCCCUCCGCCCCCCCAGCCCCCUCUCACCGCGGUGGCUGCCUGUCGCUGACAAACAAAUUAAAAAGUUAUGACUAAAAACGUUUCUCGCCCGCUGCCCGGCAAAUGAAAUGAAAUGCUGUACGUGCACCCUCCACCCCCCUCCACUCCACUCCGCUCCGGCACGGCGGCUCUGCUCCGCUUUCUGUUCUGUGCUCGAGAAAAUGCCGUUGGCUAAAUUUAAAUUGCUUUUGUUGCGCUUUUGUAGUUGGCUGCACUUGCGAUGUUCCUUCAGAGGCUUUCCAUCUCCAACUACCGCUCCUCCUCCUCCUGUUGCUGCCGCUGAUGAUGAUUUUCCUUUUUGCGCGCAAGUUUUCUUUGUUGUUUGCACAAAUAGUUUUUUGUCGCCAGCCCGCCCGCCCGCUGGACGAUUUUCCUUUUUGAAUAGCAGGCGGCGCGUGAACAGAAAAAAAAAAUAAAAAUGGACGAAGAUUUUCCAAAACUAAAUCACAGCAAAAGAAGCAAAAGAAAUGCACGGAGUACUCGUAAGUUUUUGCAGUUAAACGUCCGGGGCUAAGCGCAUUAAAUCCGAAAGUUCCUCCUCCUCCUCCUCCUCCUCCUCCUUUUUUUUCGCGGACAGAACUUUGGAAAUCAUUAAAAGCUUAAACGAGAGUAAGAGAACCACCGAGAGCCAGAGCUCGGGAAUAUGAAUAUGAAUAUGAAUAUUGAAUGUGUGGCUGACGGAAGGAAGGACUCUCUGACUCCCUGACUGACUGACUGGCAAGCCAUUAAAACCAAACACGCUGUGCGGCUAGGGCACCCCCUUCAGCCCCCCCACCCCUAAGCCAACUUGUGGGGUUGUAACUUUGGCUUUUACGAGCACACAAAAUGUUUGCCCUCCAGUGCACUAAUCCGGCAUGAGCACACGUGGAGUCCUGGGCGGGCACUCACUCAAACUCAAACUAGAAACGACAGAAAACUAACUUAUUAAUAUGCAAUGCACACUUUGUUGCUGUAUUAAUUGCAAUAUUAAAUUUCCACUAAUACUCGCUUAGCAGAAGGUCUAGUCGUGCCACACACAAUCCACUCUGCCACUGCCACUGCCACACUCUGCCGUCUAACCCGUAACAAAAAAGUUGUGCCGCAACUUUUGGCGGAGUAAAAGUGAGUUGAAAAACACCUAGAAACCAAGUAAUUAUUACAUGUUUACGUGCGCCAGGGUCCGCCGUGCCCCGUGCCCCGUGCCCCGUGCCCCGUGCCCCUUACCGUGUCCUGUGUGUGUGUGUCUGUGCUUCAUUCGGCAUGCGGCACGAGUGCGCUGAAAAGCGAUACUAAUGAUAAGUUUCGCCUGCUGCCUGCUGCCUGCCACGAAAUGAACUCAAUUUGCUACGUUUUGCAUUACCAUCCCCCACUCCCUCCCCCUCCACUCUCCACUGCCCCCCCGCACCGCUGGCGCGCGGACAUCAUUUCCAUAUGCGUCAGGUCCUCUCGUGCAGCGUUUCGGUUUCGGUUGCCCGCAGCUUGAUGUAUGUGGCAGAGGAAAAUGCUGCGUCUGGCAGCUGGAAAUUGCACUGAACAAAUGCACCCACCAAAAAAAGAAGCAUAUAAAUAAAUCCUUAAAAGGUGUGCAUCAGUGAGCCGCAGGAGCAAAGGAGCGUCAGAGCCAAAAACAGAACCAGAGCCAGAGCCAGAGCCUGCCAUCGAUGCCAGACAUAAUGUGGGCGCGAGUUUUGAAGUUAACCAAAAACGCACACACUCCCCCCUCCCCUGCCCCACACUCUUUGGGAGGAAAAGCACUGAAAUUUAAAUAUUUCGACUUGGAUUUAACGCCUUUAUGGCAUUUCCUGCGAGAGGGGAAAAAGUGAAAAGAAACAUUUUUUCAC